AUGAUACGUGAUCUAGCCGGCCUCGAUGAUGUCACGUACUGUACCUGUCCACGCGUGUCGAUCUGCGGCAGCAGAUCUGGUCAGCUCAAGUGGUAUCUGCUUCCUCGACUUCCCCCCGAAGACCUUGACGUAUUCUUCCGAAUCGCCUUUGCCCAUUUUGUACGUACGGACAAGGGAACGCAGACAGUUUUCGACCUAACAGAGGCCUUGUCGACAACAUAUCUUUCGCAACAGAUCCUAGAACAACGACAGUACAUCAAAGUCUGUUUUCUUUAUUUUGCCGCAACGUUUGAGUUGGUUAAUCGAAGUGAUCUCUAGGAGAAGACCGGGACUGACAACGUGCCCCUGCGUCGCACGAAUUUAAUCAAGGCAUGCUGCUAGCGCACCUGCAUAAAGGUUUGAGCUUACGAGGAGGAGAGCGAACACUUCAUUGUCAAUACUGGUAUCCGCCAAGUCUGCGACAAUCACCGUGGCAUCUCCUUGCAGAACAUCGCCGGGAAAAUCUUCGCUCGCAUCCUCCUCAAUCUUCUGAAUAAUCAUCUGGAACAGGGCCUUCUGCCGGAAAGCCAAUGCGACUUCCGUCGUCAUCGCGGGACCACGGACAUGAUCUUCCCCGCCCGUCAACUUCAGGAGAAGUGCCAGGAGAUGCGGACCCACUUAUACUCUACCUUCAAAGACAUGACGAAAGCCCUGGACAUGGUGAAUCGUGCAGGACUGUGGAAGAUCAUGCAGAAAUUCGGCUAUCCGGAGCGAUUCACUCAGAUGGUGCGUCAGCUGCACGACGGUAUGAUGACGCGAGUCACGGACAACGGAGCUGUCUCAGAGGCAUUCGCAGUGUCCAACGGAGUGAAGUAG